GUCAAGCAUGGCUGAUACGAUAGAAGUACCAAACACAACAUUAGCCCAACUACAGUCUUUGCAUGGUUUAUUUGCCGUUUAUAAGAAACGGGGCCAAACCUCGGCAGAGGUCUUAGGCAGGCUGAAGAAGAAGCUUUUAAGGGGUGAAUGAGUUUUCAUUUCUUUUCCCCGCUUCGAUGUGAUUACAAAUGUACGUGGAGUAAAAUAGCGGAUAUUCUGUUAUGCGCAUGUUAAAGGAUACUGCCCUCACAUUUCUACUCGGAAUGAUCGGACAUAGUUUCCUAUGUAAACAUUGCGUACAAACACCCUCUGAUGUCGUGUUUACCAGUGGGAAGAAGGCGUUCACGUGCAAUUUUCACAUAAGAAACUCAUAUUUCGUGUAGAAUGCAGAAUUGGUAUAGUCAGGGCACUGCAUUGACCAUCUGAUCACAAGAUGAAGUUUGAUUUAGUGUCAGAAUGUUUUUUAUUGUUUAACUUGUUUAUUCUUGCACAGAGGCUGGUGUUGCAAAUCCUAACUCACGUAAAAGAAAAAAACAAGUUAGAAUCGGCCAUGGCGGCACUCUGGACAGCAAUUCAUCUGGUGUACUUGAAAUACACUGCUGUUGCAGAGCUAGGGACAGCAACCGAUACUCUUGACGUCAAGGGAAAUGUCGUUGAAGAGAAGAAAUAUGAUCACAUCACAAAAGAAGCUUUGGAGGAGAAGUUGAAGGAGUUUACUGGUGAAAUUAUGCAGGUUCCACCGCUAUACUCUGCCCUAAAAAGGAACGGCAAGCGCAUGGCCGACUUGAUGAAGCAAGGUCAGGAGGUCGAGCCUAAACCUGCACGUCCAGUGAGAGUCUACCGUCUCUCUUUACAAGACUUCAGCCCGCCACUAUUCACAUUAGAACUUGAGAGUGGAAGUGGAUGUCAUGUCAGAAGUCUGGUUGAUGAUCUUGGAAAAGCGUUGUCAUCUUGCGCUCACUUAAAGGAAUUGACCCGGAUCAAGCAGGAGGGCUUCAGCUUGGAGGAUGCGCUAAGGGAGGAUCACUGGACGUUCGCAGAAAUCUCUCAAGUUUUGAAGCCCUGCCCAGUAUCACCAGAGGACGAGUCGAAUGCCAAAAAAAUAAAACUCGAGUGAUAAACUCCAAAUCUAAGGAUGUGGCUGGAGAACAAAGUAUUGAAAGGUGCUUAUAGGUUGUGAGUGACAAACAAUGCGAUGUCCACUGUGAAAUCAUCUUACUUCACCUCAGAAGUAUUGCUGAAAUGAGAUUAUUUCACUCUUUUUCGGACACUGCCUUUUUUACAUUGAGGCUUGAGCUACUUUAUUAUAACUGUAUUAUGCACCUGAGCUUCCUAAAAGCAUCCUCUGUGUGCUUUAUUAGAGUAAUAUUCAGUUGUAGUUGAUUACAUAGAUUUUUUUUAUUAUAUAAUCAUUCAUUUUGGCAUUUUGUAUUAUUCUGGUUCUAGCUUAAUCUUAUGUUGUGUUCUGUUGUGUCUUCACAAGAUACAUUUUAUUUCCAAGUUUAACAUUACAAGAUCGCUAGCAUAAUAACCCCCGCUUAAUUUUUUCUAAUUAUAUCAGUUGUACAAAUUCUGCUCUUUAUUAUAUCUUCACUUUGUCUCCUGGCUGCUUUUCCUUCCCUCCAUCUCUGUAUAUGUCAAGUGGUUGAUAAGAAGAAUGAACUUGAGCCAAGGGAGAAAGUCUAAAAGCGAUCUAGUGACACCUAGUGCAAGAACUACUGAACAGGACUUGUUGUCAUAUCAAGUUGGAUCUAUCAAUACCUUUGCAAUCUUGUCAGUCUGCUAUUUUCUACAGCUAUUUUGGUUUGCUAAUAUAUAUCUAUGUCCUGCAGUUUUUUUUGUUUCCAGCAUAAGAAAUGCUCUCUGUUCUGCAUCUUACUUUGUAUAAUUUGAUUAAAAGUACUGUAAAUACCUGACACAUACAUUUUAUAGAAGCAGUAGUAACCUCAAGGUAUGUAAUAAGAAGACAUUUUGCUUUGUAAACUACUCGUAACAUUAUGUUAAUUUCUUUAAAUAAAAUGUCACAGUUUACACUU